CAAAAAAAAAAAAAACAAUUCUUAAUUUAAGAAUAACACACCAGCGACAAACAGUUGGAUCUUGUUGAUAUCUAUGAUAAAUAGUUUUCGUCUAUUGACUAUUCUACUGUACUUGUCAAAAUUGACAUGUCAAAUUUAGAUAGGUUACUAUCACAAAAAUAAUAUAAACAAUUUAAUUAAAGUGUUAUUAAAUAUAUUUUAGUUAAUUCUAGUUAUGAUAUUGAAUAAAGUUUUUUUAACAAAAUGACUUCUAAACCAGAAAUAACAUUGGAUCAUUUUUAUAUUUUCAAUGGCACUUAUGCCAAAAAAGAAGGAGAUGAGGAUAAAAAAAUACUCUAUUAUUAUCCAGAAAAAACAGACAUUGAUUCUAAAAUUAAAAAUAUUGGAUUAAGUGAAGCAAUCAUUAAAUUUACAGAAUCUUUUAAUCCUGGUAAAUCUUGUGAAUUUUGUCAUACACACAAAACACGUCAAAUAUUUUAUGAACCUGAGCCUGAUUUUUGGAUUGUUAUGAUUGUUGGUGUACCAUUUUUAAGAAAAUUAAAAGAUGGUGUUGAGUAUGUUGAAUAUUAUAAUGAAGAAGUAUCAAAUGAAGUUUGUCAAGCAAUUGUUAAACAAGCAUAUAUGCAAUUUCGUUUAUUUAUGGGUUCAUUUGAAACAAUUCUUGAUGAUCCAAAUUGUGGUUCACCAACAUUACUUAGACAUAAAUUAGAUUAUUUUUUUUCUGAUUAUUUAUUUAAUUUAAAAUUAAAUCAUCGUGAUAUACUUGAUGUUUAUCAAGGCUUACAAUAUCUUCCAUUAGAUAAAACAACAUUUUUAGAGGUACAAUGUUUUAUGAAUAAAAUAAAAGCAACAUUACCACAAGUUAAAAAUACAAUUUUUUUAUAUGAUAAUCAACUUGUAUGGAGUGAUUUAGAGCUUGAAGAUACACAAGUUAUAUAUAAUUAUUUAACAAGUACACCAAUAACACUUAAUGCACAUCCAGAUGAUGAUUUAUCAUGUAAUAAAUUUGUUAAAAGAAAUAAUAAUCCUGGUGAACAAAUUGGUAUAACACCAAAAUCACCAAAAGUAUUUAUAAAUCAUCAAACAAAACCAACAUCACUUGUUGUUUAUAAUGCAUUAAAUUCAACAAUAUGUUUAUUUGUUGAUAGUAAUACAAGUAUUAUUAUUGAAUACUUACAAAAUUUAAAUACCAUUCCAGAUUUACAAUUUUUAAAUGUCAUUAAUUCAAUUGUAUUACAAAGUACUAAAAAUAAUACAAGAAUUAAAGAUUCUGAUCCAAAAUAUUUAUAUUUUAAUAGUUUAAAUUUAGCAUAUAAAAGUACAAUGCAUUUAACUAAAAAAUUAUGUCCUGAGUUACCAACAACAAGUGAAGUUUUACGAGUUAUUAUUGAUAUUAAUAAUGAUAUUAAACGUAUGAAUGAAGCUGGUGAAAUUGUUAUUAAAACAAUGAGUGGUUAUUGGAUUGUUGGAAAAUUAUCAAAUUCAAGAAUUUUUUUUGCUGUUAUACAAAAUAAUAAUGCUCAUUUUAUUGAGAUUGAUGAUGAGGUCAAAAAUUUAUGUAAUGAACAAUUGAAAAGUAUUUUUUUUCAAAAAUAAUUACAAAAAAAUAAAAUGUUCUUGUAUGUUUAUAAAUGUUAUUAUUGGUAAUGUUAAUUAUUAAUUUAAAAUUAAAAUAAAUACUACUGCACUAAAUGUAUAAAU